AUGGAGAAUCCCGCAGCUUCGAAAAACACCAAGCCCAUCUCAACCAAAGAGAAGGAAGCCGUUAUAAAAGCCGCUCAGUACUACGUGGAUGGACUGAAAACCGGCAACGUUGACCACAGUCGCAAGGGAUUUCACCCAAAUGCUGGAAUGUAUGGCUGGCUUGACAAGGACUUGAAGACUGUUCCUAUUCAACAACUCUUUGAUAUGAUCGUGGAACGAGGAUGUACACCAGAGUUGAUUUACCACAUGGAUAUUAUUGCAAUCACCCCGUCUACGGCGAUUGUGGAAGUCGACUCAGAGCUGGAAAACGGAGGAUUUCGAGAUCAUUUAGCCAUGGUAAAGGUGGAUGGCGAGUGGAAGACGGUUGCAAAAUUGUUCCACAUUUAUGAGCAAUGA